AUUCUUUGUCAACACAAUUCAAUCUAGCAAAAAUUUAUCUAAAAACAAAAAUCCUAAUCAAUAGUACAAUAAUCUUUUAAAUAUUAAUAGAGAGUAGAAGAAAAAAUCGUGCAAACUAAAAUGGAAAAAGUAAAUUUCUUUGCAAUAAUCUUUAUGGUGUUGUUGGUCGUGACAAGGGUUUCUGCGGAAGAGCCACCGGUGAAAGUGACGGCCAAUGAGGUGACUCUUGCGGCGGAGGCGGCAGCAUCGAGUUUCAAAAGCAGCGCCGGAGAGGCUGCUCAAGGGGCCAGAACAUGGGCCGAUUGGGCUACGAGCAAAUUCAGGAAUGCUGGCGUAAAUUUUGAAAAAGCACCCGAUUCAGAGUAAAACGUAUGGAAGUCUCAAGUAAACAUCUACCUUCAAGAAUAUGCAUAAAUGUUUAUCAAGAAAAAUAUGUAAAUUGAGCAAGCAACAAUAUAGUUGCAUUCUCUUGUAUCUUAUUGUAUAAGAAAACUUUCCAUUAAAGCUAACACGUAAUUAUCAAUGAAAUUUGAUAAUAUUAUGUAAAACCAAUACAAAA